AUGGCCGAUAAUACCCCGCUGGGCUCUUCAACGCGCGCCUUGCACGCCGAUGACCCUCUGAAUGUGGUCACUGACGUGGCUCCCCCACUUCAUCUAUCUACAACCUUCCGAUACCCCGACAAUCCCGAUGACUUGGCCCCAGCGACCAAGGCCACUUAUGAUCUCGACCCCACGACACACAUCUACUCCCGCCACACCGCUCCGAAUUACAGUCGGUUCGAAACCAUUCUCUCGUCCCUGCUCAACGGACACGCCGUGAGCUACUCGUCUGGCCUGGCGGCAUUCAACGCCGCGCUGACGCUCCUGAACCCGCGCCGGAUUGCGAUCGGCCAGGCCUACCACGGGUGCCACGGGGUGAUCGAAAUCUUCUCCCGGCUCACGGGUCUCGAGCGACUCGACCUGGACUGCCCCGCGGAGCAGCUGCAAGCGGGCGACGUCAUCCACCUGGAAACCCCCGUCAACCCGCAUGGCACGGCGUUCAACAUCCAGAGCUAUGCCGACAAGGCCCACUCGCGCGGCGCGUACCUGAUCGUCGACAGCACGUUUGCCCCGCCGGGACUGCAGGAUCCGUUCCAGUUCGGGGCCGACCUGGUGAUGCACUCGGGCUCCAAGUACUUUGGGGGCCACAGCGAUCUCCUCUGCGGGGUGCUCGCGACGCAAAACCCGAAAUGGGCCAAACAGCUGCACGACGACCGCCUGUUUCUCGGCAGUGUCAUGGGAAACAUGGAGGGCUGGCUUGGGGUGCGCAGCCUGCGCACGCUGGAGAUCCGCGUGCAACGCGCCAGCCAGAGCGCCGCAAGUCUAGUCUCCUGGCUGGAUGGGAUCCUGCGCGUGCCUCACGCAACUACUCCCGGGAGCGACGAGGCCGCCGUCCAGGCCGUCGUCCACCGCGUUUUCCACGCAAGCUUGCAGCAGCAGGAGGACGACCCCGCCUGGCUGCAACGGCAGAUGCCCAACGGGUUUGGCCCCGUGUUUGCGAUUGUCCUCCGGGAGGAAGAUCUCGCGCGCCGCCUGCCCAGCCAUCUGUCCUUCUUCCACCAUGCGACCAGUCUCGGGGGUGUCGAGAGCCUGAUCGAGUGGCGCGCCAUGUCGGACUCGACGGUUGACCCGCGACUGCUGCGCGUCAGCAUCGGGCUGGAGAACUGGGAAGAUCUGAGGCGGGACCUGCUGGGCGCCUUCAAAGCGCUGGCAGCUACUGUACAUAGCAUAAUGUCAUUUAUAAUCCACUACUUCUCCACCGCAUCCAGCUUCACAGGCAAACACAGCGAAUCCCUCCCCGCGCCGCUUCCCCUGUCUCGCCUCUUCGCCGUCCUGGAAGAGCGGUACCCUGGUAUCACGGAGAAAGUGCUGGAUAGCUGCAGUGUCAGCCUGGGAGAUGAAUAUGUGGAUGUCCAAGGAAAUGCGAAUGGGAAUGAAAAUGUGAUUCGGGAGGGGGAUGAGGUGGGGAUUAUUCCCCCUGUGAGCUCGGGGUAG